UCCAGUCUCCUACGAAACUAGUCUCUUCCGGCAUUUCCGAGAAAUUCCAAAGUCUGUAAACAUUUAGGAUUGGCCACUGUUUCUUUCCGUACUAGUUAUUCUUCGACUUCUUACACUCAAUACAGUGACUGAUCAAGAAUGGAGGCUUCAAGCUGGCAAAACAAGUUGUCUACUGUCAGAGAACGUAAUCUGUACGCGUUCAACAAGUCCUUGUUCUGUGAUGUAAAGUUCUCUGUCUUGGACUCCAAUGGAGGACGAGUCACUCUUCAAGCUCACAAGUACGUUCUGGCUAUCAGUAGUCCUGUCUUUGAGGCCAUGUUCUACGGGGAAUUGGCAGAGACUGGUCCAACUAUCGAUUUACCAGACUGCACCAAGGAAGGAUUACAAGAAAUGCUUCAUCAUAUGUAUUCAGACGAGGUCAGCUUAAACGGAAGUAACGUCAUGCAAGUUCUGUACCUGGCUAAAAAAUACAUGUUGCCGUUCUUGGAACAGAAAUGCAGAGAAUAUCUUGAAGAAGAACUCAAACCAGAAGAUGUGUUUGUAGUAUUGCCUCAAGUGAAACACCUGAGAGAUGACAAGCUCGAACAACACUGUUGGGAUAUGGUUGAUAGAGAGACUGAACGAGCUGUUUCAUCUGAACCAUUUCUUGAUGUCCCUCAUGAAGUGUUGUGCCAAGUUCUCGGUAGAGACAGGCUGAAGAUCAGAGAAGUUGACUUAUUCCAAGCAGUAGAUAAGUGGGUUUUGAAGAGAAUAAAGGAAAAAGGAAUAGAAAACAAGAAGAAGAUAAAGAGAUCCAUUCUUGGUGAAGAAGGCAUUCGUCUCAUAAGGUUUCCACUCAUGUCACUGAAGGAAUUCGCAGGGAACGUCCUUCCAAGUAAAAUUCUUAGUACUGACGAGAUAACGGAGUUGGUACAGAUGUUUAGUUCUUUAGCUCCAUCAACAAAAAUGUUUAACGAAAAAAGUAGGAUUAAAGCUAGUGUUUUCAGUAGUCGAUUCAAUGAUUUUUCGGGAGACAUAUGGAAUUAUAGCGGUAAUAUCGAUGCCAUUGACCUUACAGUCAAUAAAGCAGUCUCUCUCGUUGGUGURCGUCUAAAUGGAAGCCAAGGCAAUAGUUAUAAUGUGGAAUUAACGAUUUACCAAAUUGACACGGUUCUUGCAUUUAGUUCAUCAAGUUUUCAAACUGAGGACAAAUUGAUAGAUGACCAAUACCAUGGGUUUACCGUUACCCUUGACAAGCCUGUUCCUUUAGACCCUGGAGUCAGGUACACUAUAGCAGCUAAAAUACAAGGACCGAGAUCUUACCGUGGCGAUAAUGGUAAAGAAAGCGUUCAGUGUGAGGAUUUGGUGAUUCAAUAUCUUCCAUCCACAAAGUCCAGGAAUGGUACAGGUGUAACACAAGGACAGUUUCCAUCAAUCAUUCUAGAGUUAAGUUAAUUACUGAAUAUCUACUUAUUUGGAAGCAGGAUACAAAUGUUAGGAGGGAGAGCUUACAAGUACGUCCUGGCUAUCAGUAGUCCUAUCUUAAGGCCAUGAGGUACGAUGAUGCCCCAUUCAACACAGAUCCGGGUUAAAGUAACAUUUGUCAGAUUUCGAAAGGGGUCCAGAAACAUUCUGUGCGAAGAUUUCGAAGCUGAACCCACUUAGAUGCUUGCAACCUAUCUGCUGAUAAAAAUCCUAAUGUCCUGAGCGAAGGGGAGGGGGAAUUCAGUUAUAUUUAUAGGCACUGAUGUAACUGAAACGCAUUUUAUUUCUAUAAGUUCUUAAGCUUUUUCACGUAGAAAAUGAUAAUACAAAAAGUAUAUAUACGACGCAUUACUGAAACAAUGCUUAUAUUAGUGCUCACUGUAAUUGUAUCAUCACUCUAUAAUCCCAUAUAAGCAACUAUUGUAUUAUUUUCAAAUUCUCUUUCCUGUCCAAAUUAAAGAUUAUUUUGGAUCGUUUCCAUUCGCAUUCUUUCGAGGAAAACUAUGACUUAGGGAAUCAGUCUAGUAUAGUUUGGGAUGAUAUAAUUAAUCUGCAAUAGAACUACAUGUCUCUCCAAUUUAAAAGUAAUUGAAUUCAAAAAUUCCUGUGACUGCCAAAUUGGACUCGGAUUAUCAACCUCUUCCAAUUUUGUCAGUCCUCGGAAUUUUUUUCAUUCAAUUAUUUCCAAAUUGGACAGCAUGUAGUCCUAUUACACAUACUAAACAUCUAACGUAAUCUAUAUCUUUAUAUUAAACUUAACUAUCUUAAACUUUCCCUGCACUUGUAUUCUCUGUUAGAGAUGAAUGCUGAAGGACAGGACAUAACAGUUUUAGAGCAUGCUGUAGAUAACGACUGCUAUCACUUGAUUCCAGAUACAGAGUCGUGAUCAAAGAUUCAAUAGCUUC